AUGAUGUUUGCUGAGAAGAUCCCUGUUCAUCUUAUUUUAGCUAGCAUGUGCUUCGCUAUAUAUGUCAUUAGACAACAAAUUACUGUGGACCUCAAUGCGCGUGUGGAAAGAUUAACUGCAGAUUUUAUAUCGCGAGAUGCCACAUUUAUUAUCGAAGGGCAGAGAAUCAUGACGAUGGUAACCACUGUGAUUGAAACUAUUAAUGGAAUUACCGCCAAUUAUGAAUCUCUUCGUGACCAGUUGGAUCAUUUAACUGAAACGGGUUCCAUAAUCCCAUUAAUAUCUGAACAAUUUAAUACCCCGCCUUCAUCUAAUUCUUCCCGAAGAUCUUCUCACGCUUCUUCCAGUGGCUCAA